AGUGUACAGUUUGGAACGGCGAUGCUUCAGAAUUAAACUACAAUAACUCUGAGCCUUUUGUGAGGGGCGGGGAGUGGGUUUGCAGGACUUGCCGGGAUUUUAUGGCAAAUCGUGUAGUUUUAAGGCUUCACAGGAGGAGAAGCCUUUUGCUGACCACCUGUCUGGUGUAAUCGGAUCUCUCAUUUUCCCACACCAUCAUGUCCUCUGAGAACACCUUGGACGAUGAGAAUACCUUCAAGAUCCUGAUUGCUACAGAUGUUCACCUCGGUUACCUAGAGAAGGAUGCAAUCCGCGGCAAUGACUCUUAUAACACACUGGAUGAGAUCCUAAAAUGUGCCAAGACAAAUCAGGUAGAUUUCAUCCUGCUGGGUGGAGACUUGUUCCAUGAGAACAAGCCAUCACGGCGAUGCCUCCACAACUGCAUCACCAUGCUCAGACAAUACUGCAUGGGAGACACGCCCAUACAAUUCAACAUCCUCAGUGACCAGACCGUCAACUUCAACACAACCCAGUUCCCCUGGGUUAACUAUCAGGAUGAAAACCUGAACAUCUCUAUUCCUGUGUUCAGCAUACAUGGCAACCAUGAUGACCCAACUGGGGCUGAAGGUCUGUGCGCGCUGGAUCUGCUAAGUGCUUCUGGUCUGGUCAAUCACUUUGGUCACUCCCAGUCAGUGGAGAGGAUAGAGAUUAGUCCCAUUCUCAUGCAGAAAGGCAACACGAAGCUGGCAUUAUAUGGUCUCGGUUCUAUCCCAGAUGAGCGCUUGUACAGGAUAUUUGUCAACAACCAGGUAACCAUGCUUCGACCCAAAGAAGACCAAGAUGAGUGGUUUAACCUCUUCACCAUCCACCAGAACAGGAGUAAGCACGGUCCCACAAACUACAUUCCCGAGCAGUUCCUCGAUGACUUUCUUGACCUGGUGGUGUGGGGACACGAGCACGAAUGUUUGAUAGCACCCGCCAGAAAUGAACAACAGCUCUUCUACGUAACCCAGCCUGGCAGCUCUGUAGCGACCUCCCUGUCCCCCGGAGAGGCUACCGAGAAGCACAUAGGGCUUCUGAGGGUGAAGGGUCGUAAAAUGAACCUGCAAAAGAUCCCCCUAAAGACGGUGCGUCAAUUCUUAAUCCAGGAUGUGGUGCUGGAUGACUACAAAGACCUCUUCACACCUGAUACACCCCAGGUCACAAAGAAGGUGGAGGACUUUUGCUAUGCAAAGGUCAUAGAGAUGUUAGAAGAAGCCGAAAGAGAAAGGCUUGGAUGUCCACUUACCCCAGAGAAACCCCUUAUUCGCCUGAGGGUGGAUUACAGUGGAGGCUUUGAGGCGUUCAACACUUCUCGCUUCAGUCAGAAGUUUGUGGACCGCGUGGCCAACCCAAAAGACAUCAUUCACUUUCUCAGACGCCGUGAGCAAAAGGAUGACUUCAAAGAUGAGGUCAAUGUUGACUACAGCAAGCUGUUAAAAACCACAGCAGUUGAGGGACUGAGAGUGGAGGACCUGGUUAAACAGUACUUUGAGGCAGCUGAGCAGACCGUACAGCUGUCGCUGCUGACCGAGCAGGGCAUGGGGAAGGCAAUUCAGGAGUUUGUAGACAAAGAUGAGAAAGAUGCCAUCCAAGAGCUGAUCACUUACCAGCUAGAGAAGACACAGCGCCACCUGCAGGCCAGAGGAGUAACUACAGAACAGGAUAUAGAUACAGAGGUCCGGCGAUUCAAAGACUCCAAAAAGAACACAACUGAGGAGGAGAAUGAAAUCAGAGAGGCUAUCAACAGAGCCAAAGCUCACAGAUUGGAGCGUGGUGAUGAGCCUUUAGACCCGGAUAUAUCCAGGGAAUUUACUGAUGUUGCUAUGGACUAUGACGAGGGCUCGGUCCCCUUCCCUUCAACCACGCGAGGUAGAGGGCGAGGAGGAAGGGGACGGGGUGGCCGGGGGAGGGGGAGAGGUGCAGCUGCCUCAGAACCAAAGCCAGCCGGCCGGGGUCGUUCCCAGAAAUCCUCAGCAACAACUCAAAGCAGAAGCAUUAUGCAAGCAUUUCAAGCUUCAUCGCAUAGACCAUCUCAGACUGGAGCCACCACAUCUUACACAAAAGAUGAGUUGUCCAUUGAUGACUCAGAUGAAGAUAUCUCUGUCAUGAAAUCUGCCCGACCCCCUCCAAGACCAGCAACAUCGUCAUCGUCGUCAUCCUUCACCAAGUACAGCUCGCAGGGCCAGAGCCAGUCAUCUAAAGGAGUUGCAUUUGACGACAGUGAUGAUGAUGAUGAUGAUCAGGAUAAUCCAUUCAAAGGCCCCAGCCAUCGUUCACGGAGAUAACCAUACCUGUGUCUGUUGUGUAAUACUUGGUUUUCUAAAAAAUCUGUAAUUGGUAAUUAGGAAGUGAGCUGCUGCAGUAUUUUUCUGAAGGACUUCAAAGUGCAUGUUUCAGUUUUUUCAGCACUCAGUCUUCCUAAUGUUGGCAAUAAAUAAUUACAUUGGUAAACUAUUGUUUUUUAGAAACUAAACUAUUCACCUGUAUUGGUGAAAUUGCUAUGCUAAAGGCUGUUGGGGGGCAAGAUGGAGGUUGCUUUCAAACAAACAAGACUUUGCACAUGGUCUGCGGGUUUCACAACCUCAUUUGCUAGCCACCAGCCAAAUGGCGGAGCGCAUCUGCUACUGUACAUCAACAUUGAUCAGUGCUGCGUUUUGUCAUUGGCCUUUGAAAUACUCUGAUAUUCAGGAAUAAUAAAUGUUUUUUCAAAUAUUUUCAACUGUCUCUUUGUUUUGUGUCUCCCUCUCAAAGGUUGUGGCUUCAAAGUCAGAGAAAGUCUUGUGUUGGCUGUUGAAGGUGGAAAACUGGUCACACCAAGAAA